AUGUCCUGCCAGCAGAACCAGCAGCAGUGCCAACCCCCUCCCAAAUGUACCCCUAAAUGCCCUCCCAAGUGCCAGGCCCCCAAAUGCCCCCCUAAAUGUCCUCCCAAGUGCCCCCCUGUGUCUUCCUGCUGUAGCCUGGGUUCUGGGGGCUGCUGUGGCUCCAGCUCUGGUGGUUGCUGUGGUUCCAGCUCUGGUGGCUGCUGCAGCUCUGGGGGUGGAGGCUGCUGCCUGAGCCACCACAGACCCCGCAGAUCUCUUCGUCGCCAUCGCCAAAGCUCUGGAUGCUGUAGCAGUGGUGGCAGCAGUGGCUGCUGCGGCAGUAGCCAGCAGUCUGGGGACUGCUGCUGA